AUGAAGCAAGGUCAGGACAAGUUUGUCGAGGUUAGUAGAGAGGGUGUUGAUGAAAGGCUCAAUUUCCUGGGGAGAUGUCUAGUUAUCAGACCUAUUUCCAUCUCGGAGGUUUUCUCGAAGUGUCUUCUGAGUGAUUUCAAUAGGUGGGCACGUCGGGUCUGGGCCAUUGAUGACAACUUUGGUAUCGAAGAAUUGGAAGACGGGUGCUGGCUGCUUAUCUGCCCUAGUGUGGCGGAAGCCCUGAGGAUCCGGAAGCUUCAACAUUCGCAGUUUCGGAGUUUCAGGUUCAAGAUCUCCAUGUGGAACCCGAACAUUGGUAGAGAUGCUGGGCACCCGGGGAAAGAGACUUGGUUGCUUGUAUUCGGCAUCCCUCUUCAUCUCAAGAGUAUGAACCUUUUCAAAUCUAUAGGAGACUUCUGUGGCAAGUUUAUUGAUAUCGAUUGGUCUUCCUGGUGCUCGUCGGUGAUCAGAAUUAGAACCCAGAUUCUCGGACCGAUUCCUUCGGAAGUUCCAGUUUGCUAUGAAGACAAGGUUUACCCGGUAAGAAUUGAGGUGCCGCCGGCGAGUAUCCCGGCGGUCAAGUCUUCCGGUGAUCUCCGUUUGAAGUGGUGGAAGGGGAAGAGUCGUCCCUUCGUUGCCUCAGCAGCCGGUAACAACCCCGAGGGACCGGAUUGCUCUAGGGAUUCGUUGGGGACAGCUGGUUACUCCCACGCGGUCGUUCCCUCGUCCAUGCUGGGCUCUAGGGCAAGCACGUCGAAGCGGGUAAUUAGUAAGUGGGUUCGUAAAGAGGGGCCCCUCCCAUCCGUCUCCGUGGGCCUUUCGGCCUGUCCGUCCUUUUCAAGAUCCAUUACCCAUCCUAAGCCUAGUCGGUUGCUGGAUUUGGGCGCCCUCCUUAAUCCCCUCUUCUCUGUUUGGCCCGCUUACUCAGCCUUCAGUAUGCUGGUCUCCUUGGAUAUCUCGAGAACCCACCGAUCUGCUGAUGCCCUGGUGAUAAACUGCCAUUUUCUCCCCUCCUGUAACCCCCUUCUUUCCCUCAAACCUUCCAACCGUGUCUAUUCACCCAUCCCGAUCCAUGAAACACCCGCAAACCCUAUCCCAACCUUUGUCCACUCUCUCAACCUUGCCCCAACCAGUUGUGACCGCUCCAUCUUAUUUGCCUUAGAAACAACCUCGGCCCCUUCAUCUUUACCGCCCGUCUCACCUUGCACCACUAGCCCAGAAUUUGUCCCCGAUUCCCCCUCUCUUUCUCCCACCAGAUGCUCAAUCGCAGAUGUAGCGAUCCCCUCCCCUUCCAACCUGGAGUCUUGCCCUGAUAGUGAUACCUUGGAUUCGGAUCUUCCUUCGCCGUCGUGUGUUCCAGCUUCUCUUGACAGGGUUUGGGACUUAUCUGCUUUCCCCUUCGAUCUUGCCACUUUGGAAGACAGGAGCUUGGAGCUGAGCAGGCUGUUUCGAUUGGAGCAAAAUAGCGAUGGUAGACAAUUUGAAUUGUUGAUAAAGGAAACUGCCAAGAGUACGCAUGAAAGGAAAAUUAGAGUUCAUAGAACAAAGCAGGAAAUGGAAGCGCAUCGGCUCGGCCCUAGCCCAGUAGUUCUAGAAGGUCCGAGGAGGAGCAAACUGAGGGGGAAUGGUUGCGGAGGUACAGGGUCUGGGUCGAAUGGGUACUAG